GGCUGGGCGGGGCCGGACCGAGCCGCUGUGUUUCCGUUGCCUGGAGCCGCCAGCAAGCAGCGGCCGCAGCGUCCUCCGCUCCCCCUCGCCGGCUCUGCGCGCCCCGCCGCCUUCCCCGCAGUUCGGGUCUGGUCUUGCGUCGCUCACCUUCUCCUGACCUGGGCAGGCGCCAUGGCACAGGUUCUCAGAGGCACCGUGACUGACUUCCCUGGAUUCGAUGAGCGGGCUGAUGCAGAAACUCUCCGGAAGGCCAUGAAAGGCUUGGGCACGGAUGAGGAGAGCAUCCUGACUCUGUUGACAUCCCGCAGUAAUGCUCAGCGCCAGGAGAUUGCUGUGGCUUUUAAAACUCUGUUUGGCAGGGACCUUCUGGAUGACCUGAAAUCAGAACUGACUGGAAAAUUUGAAAAAUUAAUCGUGGCUCUGAUGAAACCCUCUCGGCUUUAUGAUGCCUAUGAACUGAAGCAUGCUCUUAAGGGAGCUGGGACAAAUGAAAAAGUCCUGACAGAAAUUAUUGCUUCAAGGACCCCUGAAGAAUUGAGAGCCAUAAAAAAAGUUUAUGAAGAAGAAUAUGGCUCGAGCCUGGAAGAUGAUGUGGUGGGCGAUACUUCAGGGUACUACCAGAGGAUGUUGGUGGUCCUCCUUCAGGCUAAUAGAGACCCUGACACUAGAAUUGAUGAAGCACAGGUUGAACAAGAUGCUCAGGCUUUGUUCCAGGCUGGAGAACUUAAAUGGGGAACAGAUGAAGAAAAGUUUAUUACCAUCUUUGGAACACGAAGUGUGUCUCAUUUGAGAAGAGUGUUUGACAAAUACAUGACUAUAUCAGGGUUUCAAAUUGAAGAAACCAUUGACCGAGAGACUUCUGGCAAUUUGGAACAACUUCUUCUUGCUGUUGUGAAAUCCAUUCGCAGUAUACCUGCCUACCUUGCAGAAACCCUCUACUAUGCUAUGAAGGGAGCUGGAACAGAUGAUCAUACCCUCAUCAGAGUUGUGGUUUCCAGAAGUGAGAUUGAUCUGUAUAACAUUAGGAAGGAGUUUAGGAAGAAUUUUGCCACCUCUCUUUAUUCUAUGAUUAAGGGGGACACGUCUGGGGACUAUAAGAAAGCCCUGCUGCUGCUCUGUGGAGGCGAAGAUGACUGACGGGAGCCUGGGGAGCUGCCCCGCGCCGUGUCCGCCCGGCACCGCUGCUCACCGCACCCUGCACGCCCAUGCUGCGCACACUGCCUUACUCACGCUAGCAUGCUGUGGCCAGAACACACACGUCGUCGAAGAACAUAGCGGUGCUCCUUUCUGAUCUUAAGAUCUUUCUCUUUAACUGUUGUAGCACUAAAGUGUACUUAUGUUACUAGGACUAAAGUCUGGAUCAUUUAUAUUUUCCUAUAAGAGGCAGACUGCUUUCACCCUUUUUCAAAAGCUUCAUUUAUAUUAAAUUGAUAACCAUAUUACCUUAAUCGGAACCUUAGCCUUGGAAUUGUGAACUCCUGGAAGUGUUAUUAAUCAAGUUUGCUACCAAGUUAAACCUUAAAAAUUAUGGUAGUUGCAAUCAAAAGAUUAAUGAAUAAUAAACAUUUCCAUCUCCUGAA